AACUUCCCAUUUCUAACACACCCAAAUUUCUCUCUGCAGCCAAUGAAAGUCUUCUUAUUUAACUUCUUCAGACUUGCAUGGCACCCUCUCAAACUGACAUUAAGACAAGCACAAAGCAGACAACACUUUUUUAUCUAAUGGGUUGUUCUUUCUUCAGUGUCUUGUUUUUGUUUUUCUGUGUUGGGAUUUACUUGGUGAGUAAAAGCUCAGUAUUCGUGGCUUCACAGAGCACAGAAGGGACAGUUUUCAUCAAUGGAACAGCUUCAAUUGGAUCAACUGAUCAUGAUUUUAUAUGUGCUACUUUAGAUUGGUGGCCUCCUGAUAAAUGUGACUAUGGAACUUGUAGUUGGGGCAGAGCUUCCUUUCUUAAUCUGGAUCUUACAAACCCAAUACUGCUAAAUGCCAUUAAAGCUUUUUCUCCUCUGAAAAUUAGAAUGGGAGGCACCUUACAAGAUAAAGUCAUAUAUGAGAGACAAGGUGAACCAUGCACUACAUUUGUCAAGAACAGCUCAGAGAUAUUUAGUUUCUCCCAAGGUUGCUUAUCUAUGUCUCGAUGGGAUGAAUUAAACAAUUUUUUCAGACAAGCCGUUGCUACUGUUAUUUUCGGGUUAAAUGCACUAAAGGGGAGGACUAUAGCUCCUGAUGGUUCUGCUGUUGGAGCUUGGGAUACAAGUGAUGCUGAAUCUCUUAUCCGAUACACUGUGAACAGGGGCUACAGAAUUCAUGGCUGGGAGCUAGGAAAUGAACUGAGUGGGAAUGGAGUUGGAGCUAGAGUUUCAGCAGAUCAAUAUGCAUCUGAUGUAAACAUUCUGCAGAACCUAGUGGACAAUAUUCAUACAGGCUUUAAAGAUAAGCCACUUGUCCUAGCACCUGGAGGGUUCUUCGAUGCAAAUUGGUUUAAAGAAUUCAUAGACAAAACACCUAAAUCUCUUCAAGUAGUCACCCAACACAUCUACAACCUCGGUCCAGGUGUUGAUGAUCAUCUCAUGGACAAGAUAUUAGAUCCAGCUUAUCUAGAUCAUGUCUCCCAGACAUUUAGCAGCCUUCGAGAAAUUUUGAAAAGUUCAGGAACACAGGCGGUUGCUUGGGUUGGAGAGGCAGGAGGUGCUUACAACAGCGGACAUAAUCAAGUCACAAAUGCAUUUGUUUCCAGUUUCUGGUACCUGGACCAACUAGGAUUGUCAUCAUCUUAUGAUACAAAAACACAUUGUAGACAGACAUUGAUCGGUGGAAACUAUGGACUCCUCAACACCACCACAUUUGUCCCAAAUCCUGAUUACUACAGUGCUCUUCUGUGGCACCGUUUGAUGGGACGAAAUGCCCUGUCAACAAGUUUCUCAGGGACAAAGAAACUGCGUGCUUAUGCUCACUGCUCAAAAGCAACUCAAGGAAUCACAUUGCUCUUGAUCAAUCUAGAUGGUAAUACUACAGUUCAAGUUAGCAUUUCAACAGAAAAUGUUGCCAGAAAUGGCACUUGGACACUGCAAGAAUACCAAAAUCAAAGAGAAAACUUCGCUAGAAUAACUAGAGGUUCUAAAGUUGAUGAAAAUAUAAGGGAAGAAUAUCAUUUAACGGCUAAGGAUGGUGACUUACACAGCCAGAUAGUUCUUUUAAAUGGGAAAAUACUUGCUGUAAAUUCAUCUGGAGCUAUUCCUCCUUUGGAUCCGAUAAGAGUUGGCCUCUCCAAUCCAAUAACUAUUGCUCCUUUCUCUAUUGUAUUUGCUCAGAUUUCUAAUAUAACAGUUCCUGCUUGUAUAUAGGUGAGUAAAAAAUGAUGAAUUAUGCUGCUUCAUGUAUACCAAUGAGAUUCAACAC